AUGCGUCGUCUUGUUGGUUUAGGAAACGUGCCUAGGAGGGUCUUUCUGUCCUCAUUGUUGAGAUUUACUCAUGGGUACAGUCUUCACGAGGCCGGAACAACCCAGAAACCGCUUCCAAUGUCAACUUGCGAAGAAACUAUACCAUUGCAAGGUGAAGAUUCCAACUUGGAUGUUAUAACGCCAUGGUCGGUAUCUGCAAAGGGCUCACAGGGCAUCGACUACAGUCGUGUUUUAACUCAUUUUAAGACACAAAAAGUUGACGAAACGGUGAUAGACAGACUUCUUGAAGUAAUCCAAAAGAACAUUAAGCGCACGCAUAGAGAAGGUACAACGUAUCCUCAGGUUCAUCAUUUCUUUUCAAGACAGGUGGCCUUUUCGCAUCGCGACUUUGAUCAAGUGCUAUGUGAACUCGAAAAGUCGUUCCUGACGGGGCAGCAGCGCGUUUUCCUUUACACGGGGCGAGGCCCUAGUUCUAAGAGCAUCCAUCUUGGUCAUUUUAUCCCCUUUCUACUCACCAAAUAUCUACAGGAUGCGCUGAACCUACCCUUAGUCAUACAAAUCACGGAUGAUGAGAAAUAUUUAUUUCGUGAUGUUCCGUUCACAGGGGAUGCGGCAGAUAAUAUGAUAUCCGGAAACAUCAAAGACAUCAUUGCGUUUGGGUUUAAUCCGAAACGCACUUUUAUCUUCCGUAACACGCACUAUUUUGGCGACUUGUACCCGACCGUCCUGAGGUUGCAAAAGGCAAUGACCUUCAACGCUGUGAUGCACACGCUAGGGAUCAAAGAUGAGACAAAUAUUGGCCGAAUUGCCUUUCCCGCCACGCAGGCAGCGCCGUGCUUUGCCUCGGCGUUUCCUCGCGUUCUCCCGCAGACGGGGACGGCGAUGCGGUGUCUGAUCCCCUGCGCGGUUGAUCAGGAUCCCUUUUUUAUACUCGCACGGUCGGCGGCCUCUCGGAUUGCGCACCCCCCUCCCGCCCUUCUCCACACGAAAUUCCUGCCCGCGCUCAGGGGCCCCUGCCAAAAGAUGAGCAGCAGCGAUCCGAAAAGCGGCAUUAUCAGCGCGCACGACAGCGACGGGGAAAUCCAAAUGAAGCUGCGCAAGGCCUUUUCAGGCGGCAAAGCGACACUGGCUGAGAUGCGAGAACACGGCGCGGAUCUCGAGAUGGACAUGGCUUAUCAAAUGUUAAAGUUCUUCUGCCACAACAACGAUCUGUUCCAAGACAUCACUACGCGUUAUCGCGCGGGGAGGAUGGAUAGUGGUGAAGUUAAGAAUUUAGCAGCGAACUUUCUGAUUAACGAAGUGCUGACCGACUGGCGUGCGCAUCGAGCAAAGGUGACGGAUGAUGAUGUGGACGAGUUUUGUGCAGUACGAAACAUACUUGUGUAA